CUGGCUCCGGCGAUGACUCCGCCCCCGGCCCCAGCACCAGCCCCCGGGGGGUUCCGGCCUAAAACAACCCCGGCCCGGCCUGCUCCGGCCAUGGUUCCUGCCCCGGCCCUGACUCCGGCCAUGGUUCCGACCAUGGUUCCGGCCAUGGUUCUGGCCCCGGCUAUGGCCCCGGCUAUGGCUCCAGCCCCGGCCCCAGCACCAGCCCCCGGGGGGUUCCGACCCAAAGCAACCCCAGUCCCUGUUCUGACACCGGCGAUGACUCCGCCCUCGGCCCCAGUACCAGCCCCUGGGGGGGUCUGGCCCAAAGCAGCCCCGGCCCCGGCCCCGGCCCCGGCCCAGACUCCGGCGAUGACUCCGCCCCCGGCCCCAGCACCAGCCCCCGGGGGGGUCCGGCCCAAAGCAGCCCCGGCCCCGGCCCAGACUCCGGUCAUGGCUCCGCCCCCGGCCCCAGCACCAGCGCCCGGGGGGGUCCGACCCAAAGCAGCCCAAGCACCGGCCCAGACUCAGGCCAUGGGACCACCCCCGGCCCCAGCACCAGCGCCCGGGGGAGUCCGACCCAAAGCAGCCCAAGCACCGGCCCAGACUCAGGCCAUGGGUCCACCCCCGGCCCCAGCACCAGCGCCCGGGGGGGUCCGGCCCAAAGCAACCCAGGCUAUGGCUCCGCCCCCGGCCCCAGCACCAGCGCCCGGGGGGGUCCGGCCCAAAGCAACCCAGGCUAUGGCUCCGCCCCCGGCCCCAGCACCAGCCCCAGGUGGGGUCCGGCCCAAAGUAACCCAGGCCCAGGCCCCAGCUCCAGCACCUGCCCCCGGGGGAGGCCGACCAAAGGCAGCCCCGGCCCAGGCCCAGGCCCCGGCCCAGGCCCAGGCCCAGGCCCAGGCCCAGGCCCCUGGGGGGGCCCGGCAGCAACUCCGGGCUCGGUUCCAGCUCCAGCCCCAGUCCCAGCUCGGGAGCCUAAUCUAGUCAGGGUGAAGACCGAGCCUUGCCCAGUCCUGGACUUGACCCAGAACAAGGCCGCCCCAGACCCGGCCCAGGAGGAGAGGCGACUGCGUCGGCCAAC